CGAGUGGCGAUACAGUACAGUUAGUCUGGUCCACUUAUUACAAAUACUGAAGCACUGUUGUAAAAACUGAGGGGUGGGGUUCUGCAGGAACACUAUCAGAGAUAGAACUGCACUGCACCGCCGCCGCAUUUUUUUUUUGCAGGGUCUCCAACAUUCAACAAGAGAAGCUUUUAGCUCCAGAGGUCAAACUAUUAGGACUUUUUUUCCUCCCGAGACUCGUCACGCCUUCUGUGGAAAGCACUUAGGCGCUGGGGGAAUUACAACAGGAGUGUUCAGCAAAAAAGCAGCACGAUACCAAAGUAGUUGUUUUGUAUUUUACCCAGUGAGUGCAGAGAAAGCAGUAACGCAGUUUCGUCGAGGCUAAACGGGGUUACUGUUCUAAUAAAGGCAACAACAACUGGGGACAAUGACCGAAAAGGAAGCCGUAAGCGACAUCCAUACUGCAGAUUCGGUUUCUUCUGCAUACCCGUCUCCUGCUAAAAGUGUGGGGGAUCCUGGAAUCACACCCCUGUCUCCCUUGCAUUCUUUGAAAGACUCAGACCAAAAUGUCCCUGCCCAGCAGUCUUACGUUGUGGUCGUGGCUAUUGAUUUUGGCACCACAUCCAGCGGUUAUGCCUACAGCUUCACUAAAGAGCCAGAGUGCAUUCACAUUAUGAGGCGAUGGGAGGGUGGAGACCCUGGAGUGUCCAAUCAGAAGACCCCCACUACCAUCCUGCUGACUCCUGACCUGAAGUUCCACAGCUUUGGAAACGCUGCCCGGGACUUCUACCAUGACCUGGCCCCCAGCGACUCCAAACACUGGCUGUACCUGGAGAAAUUCAAAAUGAAGCUGCACACCACCAGCACUCUAUCAACAGAGACAGAACUGCUGGCGGCCAACGGGAAAAAAGUCAAAGCCCUUGACAUCUUUGCAUACGCACUGCAGUUCUUUAAGGAGCAGGCACUGAAGGAGCUGAGUGACCAGGUAGGCUCAGUGUUUCACAGCUCCGAUGUGAGAUGGGUGAUCACGGUACCAGCCAUUUGGAAGCAGCCAGCAAAGCAGUUCAUGAGGCAAGCUGCUUAUAAGUCUGGACUGGUAACCCCUGACAACCCAGAGCAGCUAAUCAUCGCUCUGGAGCCAGAGGCCGCCUCUAUCUACUGCAGGAAGCUCCGCCUCCACCAGAUGAUUGACCUGAGCUCCAAGACAGCAUUCAACAGCUACAGCUCGACUGAGACCAUAGGAACUGGGAUGACGCAGGCCAAGGAAGUCGUCCGACGUAACCGGCAGAGCCGCACCUUUUUUGUUGAAAAUGUCACAGGAGAGCUCUGGUCAGAGCUGGCUGAAGGCGACCGCUAUGUAGUGGUUGACUGUGGCGGGGGCACAGUGGAUCUGACUGUCCAUCAGAUUAGACUGCCUGAAGGACAUAUAAAGGAGCUGUACAAGGCCUCAGGUGGUCCUUACGGUUCUGUAGGUGUAGACUAUGAGUUUGAAAAGCUGCUGUGCAAGAUCUUCGGGGCGGAUUUUAUCGACCAGUUUAAGAUCAAGCGGCCUGCAGCCUGGGUGGAUCUGAUGAUCGCGUUCGAGUCACGGAAGAGAGCGGCGGCUCCCGAGAGAACCAGUCCUCUCAACAUCAACCUGCCCUUCUCCUUCAUCGACUACUACAAGAAGUUCAGAGGGCACAGUGUGGAGCACGCCCUUCGCAAGAGCAAUGUAGACUUUGUGAAAUGGUCUUCCCAAGGAAUGCUUCGGAUGAAUCCGGAUGCAAUGAACGCUCUCUUUAAAUCCACAAUAGACCACAUUAUCCAGCACCUCAAUGAUCUGUUUGAGAAGCCUGAAGUGUGCGACAUCAAGUUCCUUUUCCUGGUCGGAGGUUUCGCAGAGUCUCCUUUACUCCAGCAAGCCAUUCAGACCAUGCUGGGAGGCCGCUGUCGAAUCAUCAUUCCCCAUGACAUGGGGCUGACCAUCCUGAAGGGAGCCGUGCUGUUUGGCCUGGACCCCUCGGUGAUCAAGGUGCGCCGCUCCCCUCUCACCUACGGCGUGGGGGUCCUCAACAGGUACAUGCAGGGGAAGCACCCGCCGGAAAAAAUGCUUCUGAAGGACGGCACUCGCUGGUGCACCGACGUCUUCGACAAGUUCAUCUCGGCCGACCAGUCGGUGGCCCUCGGAGAAACGGUCAAGCGCAGCUACACACCGGCCAAACCAUCCCAGCUGGUCAUUGUGAUCAACAUCUACUGCUCAGAGAUAGACAAUGUCACUUUCAUCACAGACCCUGGGGUUAAGAAGUGCGGCACUCUGCGUCUGGACCUUACAGGGACGGAGCCCUCCUCUGUUCCAGCCCGGAGGGAGAUCCAGACACGCCUGCAGUUCGGGGACACUGAGAUCAAGGCUAUGGCACUUGAUAUCGCCACCUCGAGAUGUGUCAAGGCCAGCAUUGAUUUCCUAAAUUAUUAAUCCUGUAUUCAUUUAACCACACACAACUCACACAAUGAAGAACCAGGAACACCUGGAGAAUACCAAGGAGUCUUAGUGCAGUAGUUAAACAAAUAAGUAUGCCUCAAAGCUAUGUGAUUUGUCAGCAGUUCAAAAUUAUAAUACCUACUAUUGCAGCCCAAUUGGCUUAAGACUAAUUUAAAGACACAGCUAACUGCAGUCUUGUUUUACACUUAAAUAGAAUGUCUUUAUUGGUGUUCUGCCGUCUGUGAAAGAAACUUGACUGCCAUGCUUGUUUACAUUCUCAUUGUAGGGGUCCAAGCUUCCUGUGCCCUAGAAGUGGGAUGUUAUGAAGUGCUAAUAUUAGACAUUUCAAAAUUGUGUGUUUGUUAUAAUAAUGAACAGGCUACAUCUGUACAACUGUUACAUAUAAAGCAUUCUGGUUUUAGGAAAAAAACAUAUAACUGGUAGUAUAGUCUGAAUAUAUCAAAGUUUUACCAAAUUCUUGCUGAUAAAUCACUUUUUUCAUCACAUGCCUACUUACGACACCAACACACUGAUGAAAAUCAUACACUUCAAAUUAAUAUAACACCAUGACAAAUUAGCUACUUAGGCUAAUGGAACUGGAAUGAAAUCUGUCUUUUCAGGCUCCAUUACUGUAUUUCAUCUUCACCCUCCGUAAAAAGCUAUCAAUGAAGUUACCAAUGAUAUGCACAUUGCUAUGAAACUAAUCUUUGAAAUCCUAGAAUGUGAACUGUUUCAAAAGUAAAUAGGAAAACCAAAAGCUAACUAGAGAAUGCUGCUAGUUGAACCUGCCUCAAUAUUUUCAUAUAGCCAUAGCAAUAUGCGUUUGCCUUUUUUUCUUUUUAUGCUUGUGGAAAAUAGCCACUAUUUAAAUAGCUAAUUAUGGCAUUUUAUGUUGUAUUCCAGAGUUCAAUAUAGCAAAGAACACUGGCGUUGAUAUAUAAUAAAAUACUUAUUUUUAUUUGAAUGUAUAUACAAUAUUUAAAAUAUUAUUUUAGCAGCUUACAGAUUUGAGAAUAUGCUGGCUAAUGUGGAUCGCUUUCUUUCUGUUUCAUUAUCACCAGCCUGUGGGUCAAAAACUUAAAAAAUAGAAAGUGACAUAUGCGAUUUUAAAAGGUGGUAGAAUCCGACUGUAAGACAUUUUAAUAAAUUGCUGUGUCCUGAAAAACUGAAAGUCCUUAUUGUAAAACUGAAAGUCCUUAUUGUAAAACUGAAAGUCCUUAUUGUAAAACUGAAAGUCCUUAUUGUAAAACUGAAAGGCCUUAUUGUAAAACUGAAAGUCCUUAUUGUAAAACUGAAAGUCCUUAUUGUAAAACUGAAAGGCCUUAUUUCAUAGGAGUAUGGUAAAUGAGCGGUGUAUUGAAACCAUGAUUGAUUUGUAUUGUGUGUGUAUGUGACCUUCCCAUCAUUUCCAGAAGCUUAUAACAUGUAUUACAUUCCCCCUCCUUCUUUUGAGAAAUGAUUCCAUUACCAUAACCAGCUUCACUAGACAGAACCUUUCAGGUGGAAUAGCAAAGAGGAACAUAGUCUUUACACCAAAUCUACCACAGGGCAUAUAUGCAGAAAUGUAGACCUGUUUGUGCAGGUUUGCUCAUUUUAAGAUUAAUUGCCCAACUGGGUAUCCUUUUUUCAACACCAUAGGCCUGGGAACUAAUGCAGGUCAGGUCAGGUGUUUUUGAAAGAAUUCCCCUCUGAAGGAAACUAGUGGUCUUUGUUUACAAUUCUACUCGGGUCUUGAUGUUUUUAUAUUGUGGUCUUCGGGUUGCAUUCCCUUGUAAUGCUCACUGAGUGGGACAAAACGGGACAAUAAAUAAAACGCUUCAUUAAUAAGUAGAUUGACAGCCAUCCUUUGUGUCAAUUGGUGUGGGUGUACUUUUGAGCCAUUAGUAUACUACUAAGCACCAGCUCAAUUUAGUGCACAGCAGGGUAUUGACAGCAAAACUAAAGGCAAAUUGUUUGCAAAGUGGCAGGUCACUAGAUGGCUCUGUCUCUUCUGUACAGACCCUUUUGCUGAUGCAUACAUUGUGCCCUGCAACGGGAACAGAAGAUCUGCACUUGAUCUCAGUCACAGUACCUUACAUAGACGUAUCAAAAAAUCAAGAGCACAGUAUAUGAGCAUGUGUUAUUAGCACCACUCGGUAUAAUGGCAAACAUCUUAAAAAAUAUAAGUGGAUAGUAAAAAAUAAAAAAUUAAAAAUUAAAAAAUGAAGAAAAUGUAUUGCAACUCACAUCAGACCUGUAGAAACUAAAACAAAACACAGAAGCGUGUGUCUUGUUGUUAUUUAAUCAGUUUAACUGUAGUGAUUAUAACUUGUUGCCACUAAGAUCCAGGAAACCUUUUUUUUGAUCGAGAGCUGCAGUCUUCAAACUGAUUUAGUUGAAAGCAAAAUAGUUUUUUCUCUUGAAUUUAGUCAUGUCAAGCAUGAUUUCGAUUUUGUUAUGAGCAAUUUUUGUUUAAAGUGUUUCUCCAUUAGGGAAGAAGUUUUCAAACUACAGUUAAACCUCUAUUAUCCAAAAUAAUUGGGACCAGAGGAGUGUUCUUAUAAUCAAAUUGUUCUGAUAAAUGAAUGGCAACUGUAAGUGUUUAUAUGACUUUCCUAAUGAAGAAAUCUCCUUGAAAAAUCAGUAAGAAAAAAUCAACCAACAUACCCUUGAACUUUAAAGUGAUAGCAUUCAUGUAGCACUGAAAUUUAAAAUGAGCACUGCACUGCAUGUCAGAUACAGAGGAUUGAAUGGCAACAGGGCUGAUUUUGGUUGUUUUGCUGGCUGGCAUAACUUGGAACCUGCUUAAUAGAAUACAACAUAUAUAAAUAAUUAUAAUAAAGAGUUCCAUAACAUCACAAGGGUUGUGCAAUGCAUAUCUAUCUGUUCAAGAAUGGUAACCGCUGUUCGUAGAACAGUCCAAUUUGAUAAUGGACUACAUAUCUGAAGCUGCAAAUAGCUGAAACUGCAACUGCUUUACAGACAUAGCCAGCCAUUGUUGCAUUGUCCCUGCCUGGAGUCUUCCAAAUGUACAAAAUAAUAAAUGCAAUU